CACAGCCUGUUGUCAACAAUUAUGAAGCGCGGAGCAGACCGCCAAAUUUCCAAGGAAGACAUCGAGGACACCGACAUUGAGGAAAUCGAACCUACAGAAGGUUUCCACAAAGCCGACGAUGCUGUUCUUGCGACGCGAAAAAUCAAACCAAUGCCCCGUAGGAUGGGUGGAGAUGCUGACAAAGCUGCAACUACAACAGCCCCAGCCCCCAAAUUCUCUGGUUUCGGAACGCCUACAAACAGUGCCUUUUCAUUUACCGCCCCCUCUUCAUCGCCAAGCUUCCCCAUAGCAAAACCUUCAACAAAUCUCUUUGGUGGAGCCACUUCACUUCCCACUGCAUUCUCCCCUGCACCAGCUAGCACUCCAAGUUUGGCCCCAACAGCUUCCAAUGCCGCAAAAACAUUUGCAUCGUUCUUGGGGGAGAAGCCUUCAGCGAUACCGAGCUCGGCUCCUACCUCUGGGACUACAGCUAAUUCUUCAGAACUAAAAUACUAUAAAUCCCUCCGUGGCCUCAAUGUCUCCAUAAUCGACUUUCUGCAGAAGGCUCUUGAGGAAGAUCCCUUCGCAGACUUUGGUAGUGUUCUCUCUGAAUACAGCCAGAAACGAAACGAUAUAAAGAAAGAGUUUGACGGGGCUACUGCCACUCCAACUCCUUCAUCACUCGGCCGUGCCUCAACAGCUCCUUCAUUAUUUGGAGGGGCUCCAACUGCGGCUGCCUCGACAUUCAAGAUGCCAGAAGCUCCAACUGCUUUUGCUGGUUUCGGCAAACCACCAACGUCAACGUCGACAACGACUGUGACGAAUGGAAAGGUCGAUGCGCCGCCUGCUCCUCCAGCCACGGCCUUUUCCUUUGGCUCAGCAUCAGCAUCUAAACCCUCCGUGUUCACCCCACCAGCAUCUUCGCCCUUCUUGCCAUUGCCGUCGUCAUCAUCAUCAUCGUCUACUUCAGCAACAUCCACUCCCUUCAGUUUCGCCACUCCACCAACCACAGCAUUUGGCUCGACUGCAACAGCAACCACAAAUCCAUUCGGAGCCUCGGCCUCGCCAACGCCAUUUGGGAGCAGCUCCAAAUCUGCGCCUUCAUUGUUUCCUAGCUCUGGCUCGACAGGCUUUUCCUUCGGAACCUCUAGCACCGCCUCCAGCAAUCCUUCAGGAUUCUCGUUUGGUGCGCCGAAGACCGGCAACCCGAUACCCACAGACACCAAAAGCCAGAGCACUAUUGCUGGGGACGACGAGACGGAGAUAGCUAGUAGUCAGGAGACUGAAAAAGUGACAACUGACGAGAGCAAGUCGUCCGGGUUCUUUUCGCCCGAUGCACCAUCGACAAUGGAUGCUGAAGGCCAGGGAGAAGAGGACGAGGAGACCAUCCAAGCCGCGAGGAUAAAAUCGUUCAGAAUGAAGAAGAAGGAUGAGCCAGGGGACAGUCCGUGGAUCGAUAUGGGCAUCGGUUUCAUCCGGUUGAAGCGACAUAAGGAGACUGCCGCAAGGCGAUUGCUCUUGCGAAACAGUCACUCUGGCAAGAUUCAAAUUAACUUUGCCUUAUUCGCCGGCUUUUCGGCGACUUUGAACGCCAAGUCCAAAUCCUUAAUGUUUGUUGGACAUGAUGAAGCAUCUGUUUCUCAAACAUAUAAUCUCAAGUUCAAAACUGAGGCAGAAGCUGCCGAGUUUCAGAGUACAUUGGAGACUGAGGUUUCCAAGAUCAAGUCAAAGUAA